ACAAGAUACAGGUAUUGCUUAUAAGUAGCCCACAAUUAAGACUUUACUAAAACGUACACCCAGACACUAUUUCCAUAUCUGAAAAAUGAACUUGCUUCCUAAAACGCUGUAUUUUACAGCACUGUUCUGUUUAGCUACAGUCAGUGCUAAACCUGGAGCUCGUAUCAUUGGAGGAGAUAAUGCUCCAGCAGGUCGGUUUCCUUUUGCUGCUGCAAUUUACGUUCAAACAGGAAAUAGCAGAUUCUUCUGUGGUGGUGCUCUUCUAAAUCAUCAAUGGGUAAUUACAUCCGGACAUUGUGCAGAUGGUGGUGAGCUCUUCACCAUCCAGCUAGGGUCAAACACUCUAAGCUCUUCUGAUCCUGAACGACACACUGUGGCAACUUCCGAGUAUAUCUUGCAUCCAGAUUUUGAUCCAGAAAAAAUCCAGAAUGAUUUAGCUUUGAUAAGGCUCAGGGCUCCUAUUACUUAUAACGCUUAUAUUCAACCAAUUGCUCUACCUAUCGUAAGUCUCUUGAACGAAACUUCAGUCACAGCAAUCGGAUGGGGACAAGUUAGUGAUUACAGUCCUGAUCUUUCUGAACAUCUGCAGUUCGUAGAAGCAACCAUUUUGUCAAACGCUGCAUGUCAGGUAGUUUAUGGAACUCAAAUUACGGACGCUAUGGCUUGUGUUGAGGGUGGUUACAAUGAAGGAACUUGUAAUGGUGAUAAUGGUGGUCCACUAAUCGAAUAUGUUCAUCGCCAAUACUGGAUUGUAGGUGUUGCAAGUUUUAUCAGCGGAAAUGGGUGUGAAAGCACUGAUCCGUCUGGAUACACGAGAACUUAUCCUUAUUUGAGUUGGAUUAAUAGCGUGAUUAGCGCCUAAGUAAUUGAAUAAAAAAUUUUAAAGUUUCAA